AUGGAUUUGGUUAGGUCGCCUGCUCUGUUGAGCGCACGGGAAUUGCGACGGAUGGGUUCGAGCGAAUGUGCUCGUCGCGCAUCAAGGAAUGCGCCGCGUCUAGUGAGCUAUGCAAACUGGUUUCAGCAGCAGAGCACGCAAGCUGUGACUGGCGAUGAGAAUUCGGACGCCCCGGCCAGGGUCUCCCGCCCUGUCGUCAGCACCUCAGCAGAGGAGGACUUCAUGCGCCGUGCAAGGAAAAUGGAGCGCCGAAUUGCCAAGCUGAAAAGAUUGCAAGAGCGGCUCAGCCAAUUGAAGGAAGAAUCGGAUUUAAUGCAAGCGUAUGCGGAGGCAUCCGCGGAUAGCGAUUCUGAUGCCGAAGACGCCCCCCUGCGCGCCCCAGCCGCCUCCGCGAGCGCUGAGGAGCUGCGGCAGUGGGUAGCCGCGCUGGUGGCCAAGUCUGCAGCCCGGGCCGCCAAUGCCGGACAGCAGGGCAGAGGCGGCAGUAGCACUGCCGCCACAAGCAGUAGCAACAGCAGCAGCAGCGUUAGCAGUACCAACGGGGCCAGUAGCGGCAGCAGUAUCUACAGGCAAAGUGGCAGUGGCGGCUGGCAAGGGGAUUCUGGCGCAAGGCCCAUGCCACCACCGCAACAGCCGCAACAGCAGCAGCGGCAGCCGUCAGCACCGCCGCCGACUCCAGGGGCCCCUACAAUGCCGCCCUGGGGGCAGGCGACAGCGACAGCGACAGCGACGGGCCCACCUCGCCAGGCCGGCAGUAGCAGCAGCACCAAGGAUAGCACCACCACCACCACCACCGCCAGCACCACCACCACCAGCAGCACUGCUAGUACAGGCGCAGGUUCUGGGGGCAUUGGGGCCGUGCGGCGGUACACGAUGGUUCAGCUGCCCUCUCCGGGAGGCCAGCAGCCCGCUUCCGCCGCCGCACCGGUCACGUCCAAUGCCGUACUCGCCGCGGCGCCGGCUGAGGCAGAGGCAGCUAAGCCAACGGCCAAGGCCUCACUGCUGGAAACACCGCCGCCGCUACCGCCGCCGCCGCUGGCGCAGUGGCGGCAGCAACCUCACGCGGGUUCGACUUCAGCGCCGCCAGGGCCCCCGGUGGCGCGGCCACAGGGAAGUCAAACGGCAGUUUCAGCGGCGACGGUGAUGGCGGAAAAUGCGCCCCUCGCGGGCCCAGGGCCUACGACGGCAAACUGGCGCACCGCCGCCAGCACCUCUUCACCAUCCCCCUCGCCAUCCAAGCCCUCCUCUUCCUCCUCUUCUUCCCCCUCGCCAUCCGAGCCGUUCUACUCGGUGGGCGCCAUGUCAAACGAGACGCAACGAUUGUCGCAACCGCAACCGCCGCAGAAGCAGAAACAACCAAGUACGACGUCUACCGCCGCCGGCAGUGCGGCACCGUCAACCCCUGCCGCCGUACCCGUACCCGUACCCGUACCCAGCCCCCCACGGGACCCCAAAGCGGAACUCCGCACAACCAUCUUCCCGGAGAGCCUCACAUCCACAAAUCCGUACACGCUGUACGAUAUGCCACUGCCGCCGCUGCCACUGCGCGAGUCCUGGCAGACGCCGGCGGAGCGGCGGCGGGCUGACGCAGCGGCGACGGCGCCGCGAAGCGGCGGCGGCGGCGCCGCCGCCGCAGCGGCCACUGCCGCCACGGCCCUGGCGGAACGGCCUCGUGACUUGGUGUUUGUGACGGCGGAAGCGGCACCGUGGUCCAAGACGGGGGGGCUGGGGGAUGUGAUGGGCUCACUGCCCCGCGCCCUGGCGGCCCGGGGCCACCGGGUUAUGGUGGUCAGCCCCCGCUACUUGUCCCCCGCGACGGAGGAGCGCUAUGCGGGCCUUACGAAUACGGGCGUGAGGGCCACCCUGGACCUCGGACCCCCCCAGUCGGGGGGUGGGGGAAGCCACGAAGUGGGUUUUUUCCACACGCACAAAGACGGCGUGGACUGGGUAUUCGUGGACCAUAUGUCGUACCACCGAGAUGGCACGCCGUACGGCAACGCGUACGGGACGUAUGGGGAUAACCUGUUCAGGUUCGCGCUGCUGUGUUUGGCGGCGUGCGAGGCCCCCUUGCUGCUGCACAUUGGGGGCCACCGUAGAGGUACGCCCCCUGGACUGCCGUACGGCCAGGACGUGACGUUCAUCGCCAACGACUGGCACGCGGGUUUGGUCCCCGUGUAUUUGGCGGCCAAGUACCGACGACACGGGGUCUUUAAGAAUGCUCGGUGUGUGCUCGCGUUGCACAACCUGGCUCACCAGGGAGCCCACCCGCCCAACUGCUUUAGUUCGUUGGGCCUCCCACCGGACUGGUACGGCGCCUUGGAGUGGGUCCUAACCCCGGGUGCCGGGGGCAGCGGAGGGGGAGGACACGAGCGCAAACCCACCAUCAACAUUCUUAAGGUACGGCAGGCCCAUACGGCUCGUGGAAUUAUUGGCAGUCUGGGUGGUAAGGGUUUAUGCAAGGCCGCGCUCCAGGGCGCCCUCGGGUUGCCCGUGGACCCCGCCGCCCCCCUCCUGGGCUUCAUCGGCCGACUGGACUACCAGAAGGGGCCAGACCUGGUGCUGCAGGCGCUGCCCCGGCUGGUGGCGGCGGGAUGCCAGGUGGUGCUGUUAGGCAGCGGCGCCCCCGACUACGAGGAGGCGUUCCGAGCCGCCGCCGCCGCCUUUCCUGCAAAUGUACGAGCGCACGUGGGAUUUUCCGUACCGCUAUCGCACCGCAUCGUGGCGGCCUCCGACAUACUCCUGAUGCCCUCGCGCUUCGAGCCGUGUGGCCUCAACCAGCUGUACGCCAUGCGGUACGGCACCGUACCUGUGGCGCACGGCACGGGUGGUUUGCUGGACACUAUCGACGAUGUGAAGCCCUUUUGGGGCGAGCCGGCGCGGAAGGAGGAGGAGGAUCUGGACGAGCUUUUUGCAUCAGGCCUGUCGUGGGGCCGCCGUACAGCCUCCCGCUCCGCAGACGACCCCUCCACCAACAAUGCCGAAUACUACCAGCCCUUCCAGGAUUACUUCGGCUCGUCCGGUCGGUACGGCCCUGUCGACGAGUACGACGACGAUAAUGAGUACGGAAGCGAGUACGACGAUGACGACAGCGAUCUGCCUGCCUGGCGGCGGGGCCUGGGUUUGGGUCGCAGUCGCGAUCCGGGCACGGGUUGGACCUUCGCGCCCGCCACGGCGGAGGCUAUGUUGGACUCGGUGACGGCGGCGCUGGCGGUGUACGAGCACCACCCCGACAAGUGGCGGCGGAUUCAGCUCGCGGGGAUGCGGCGUGACUUCAGUUGGGAGCGGGCGGCGCGGCAGUGGGAGGCGGUGCUAGAGGGGGCCCACGUGGCGGCGGCGUACUGCAAGUGA